UCUACUGUCUAUAUACGCGCACUACAUAGGGGCUAUAAAAAUGUUUUUUUCCUCCAUUUGUAGUGCACUAUAUGGCUGAGAAGCCUGUAUUUAGGAUACAGCCAAUUACCUACAGUCAGCAGAGGCUAAGUUGAACGGAAUUAAAAAAAUAAAUAAUUAUUUGUUGCUGUUGUGCAAACAGUAAUUGAGCCAGUGAUGGUAAACACGGCAUGGCAGAAAAACAGGACAAUGAGGUGGAGGAGGCCGAUCAGGUGUACUUGCUGACAAAUGAAAACUACCACAUAUCGCGCAAUGUGCGUCUGUCCUGGUUCCUCAGCCGACUCAACCAGGUCAUCAGACCCUCACCUAAGAUCGAGCUGCUUAAAUCAGAUAAAGAGCUGGAUAUCCUGAGUAUCCUCCCCAAAGGAUGGCAGCCCGAUUCACCGCCUUCCUCGAUGCCAUGCCUGCUGGUCCCAUCCACGCGAGUCAUCUUCCUGGCCCGCAGAUACCGCUUUGUCAUCGAACUGGACCUCAGCCCCUCCACCGGGAUUGUGGAUGACAGUACAGGAGAGAUGAUAUUUGACGAGGUCUUCCAUGCCCUGAGUCGAUGUCUGGCCGGAUUGGCUGCACAGUUUAAAGUCCCAGGCACUGAUUUCUUGUUUCAGCCAGAGAUCUUCAUCACCAUUCUUGCUUAUUCAUCCAUUGUUGGCCUCAGCUCACACCAGGUGUUGGUGCAGGGAUGCCAGCUGGAUUUCACAGAUCUGGACCAGUUCCUGCAUCAAAUAUACCAGCAGCUCCGUGCUGUGGAGAACAACAUCGCUGAGGUUUUACAGCAGCAGCAUAAGCAGUGUAAUGGCUCCAUCCCUGCUGAUCUAACAGAAGACCUGACACAGAGGAAGCAGAGCAUUUCCAUGGUGACUGCAGAUGUGGGACUGGUCAGUAUGGUGCGCCAGGGUAUCCUGGCACUUCAGCUCCUCCCAUCGAACUCUAGUGCAGGUUUAAUAAUAAUUACGGAUGGAGUGAUGAGUGUGCCAGACGUGGCCGUGUGUGAGACUCUGCUGAAUCAACUGAGGAGUGGAACCAUUGCCUGCUCUUUUGUUCAGGUGGGCGGAGCUUACUCCUAUGAGUGCAGCUUCGGUUAUGUCCCAAAUGUGGAGCUGAUGAAAUUCAUCUCUAUGGCAACGUUUGGCUCGUACCUGUCCUUGUGUCCUGACCCAGUGCAGAUGGAUCAACAGAUGAACUCUUACCACCGUUCCUUCCUGAAUUACUCUUUCUUCUGCACAAACGAGUCCAUCAACCCCGACUACUACUGCUUUUCCCAGCACAGGCUAUUUAAUGAACACCUAGUAUCAGCAAGUGGAAAUCCAGCUCUGGGGCUGCGUAGGAAGAAGCACACUGAGAAGGAGGUGAAUGCAGAUUUGAUCAGUGUGUUAUCACUCAGGUUGAGGGAGGGCUACACCAUCCGUGACAUCAGCUUUACUAAAGGAGGCACACAGUUGGAGGUGAAGUUGGUGUUGCUGUGGAAGCACAACAUGCGUGUUGAGUAUGUGGCCGUGGCAUCCUGGCCGCUCCUCCCUGCUGAGCGCAGCACGUGGAUGGAGGUGACUAUGGAGGGCAGCUAUGACAUCCUGCAUGACCUCAGCUGUACGCUACGCAAACCCAUCACCAGCCCGUACCGCACGGCCGUCAUCCGCCGCUUUUGGAACACGCUUCAUGGCAUUAACCAGACCGACCAAAUGCUGGUUCACCUGCAGUCGUUCAAUUCCAUCCCAGAACACUAUACGAUUCCAGAAAGCACUAAAAAUGGUGUUCCUCUUUUCUACAUCCCACCAGGAUCCACCACGCCAGUCCUCUCCCUACAGCACAGUGGCUCAAAAGACUCCAGCCAUUCACAGUUUGCUUGCUACUGGAAGCCCAUCCUGUCCAUGGAUUCCAUCAUCUGGCAGCGCUGGUUACACAUGCACAGAAUAACCAUUAUCCUGGAGCACGAUGUUCCUGUGCCAAAACACGUCCACAGCGCAGGCAGUAAUGGCAGGUUCAGCACCAUCCAGUGCCGAAUAGCCCACUCGGCCCUCACCUCACUGCUGAGGGAUUGGAGUAGCUUUGUCCUGGUGGAGGGCUACUCCUAUGUCAAGCUAAUCUACAGUACUGCUGCCCAGCUGCCCAUCUCUUUCUACCUGGUGCGUCUCAUAUCCAAAGCUCCAUGCAUGGUGCUUCGUUUGGGAUUUCCCAUAGGAACCCCUGCCCACACAAGGAACAAGCAGAUUGUGGAUGAGCUGCGAGAGCAGAUACUCAGACUCCGUUUCCCACACCGGGUGCAAAAUAAAGAAGCCACACCAAAAAACAAACGGAAAAAUCUGGGUAACGCAUCUCCCUCCAAGUCCCCGCCUCUCCCGGCACCAAAGCCUGCUUUAUCUGACCGGCCUUGUGUGGUGAUCUUCAACAAACCUCUGGAAAAAUUACUGAUCAGAUAUGAGAAACUUCCUACAGACUUUCGCACAUCCUUCAUUUUAAACCUUGAGGCUUUGGGUCAGCCUCUCAGUGUGGCUGCAGGCCGCAACGCGUCCUCCACAAUGGCAUUUCUCUCCCGGUAUUUCCUGCAGCAACGCUGGGUGUGGACAGUGCAGAGUGGCCCAGGGGGUGUGGUUUCACUGCACGCUGUUGCACAGAUCCUUUCCACACUUGCUGAGAUCCGUCUAUCAGAGGGCUUCCAUUUUGCUGCCAGUGGUGAGGGAAUCGUCAACAUGGUGAUGGAGCUUCCCAUGGCUGUGAAAACAUCAAAGGGGACUCCAGCACUGCAGGACACUCAGCAUCACACAUGCAUCGUUCAGUAUAUUCUGUUUCCUCCUCAUGCUACCUCCACCAAGGACAGUUUCUCCACAGAUGAUGACAAUGACACUGAGGUGGAGGCCAUAGAUGUUGAGACUGAGCUGAACCUGGUGACAGAGUGCUGGGUGGAGCCUCAGAGCGGGAGUGUUUUAAGCCACUCGGAGCAGCAGCACCACUUCCACAACCUCAGCUACCAAGACAUCCCUCAGGCUAUUCUUCCUCGUGAUCAGUCGUGCAUGUCCACCUUCUUGACAUUUGAGUACCUCAUACAGCUGUGCAAAAACAAAGAUCAACCACAGCCUCUCAGCAAAGAUGCAGCAGGUGAAACCCCAGGUGCAGCUCCAGCUGACAGCAUACAUAUGGUGCCUUUUCAGUUUGACCUGAUGAAGCUGCUGCCUAGGUGUCAGCAAAUAGAAGUUUUCUUCUAUACUUUCAGCAAAGCGGAGAACGAAGACACAAUCCAGAACGCCCCCUCUCUUCCUAACGAUCUGCUUCUCAGCCUGUUCCACAGCUCCUUACAGAAUGAGCUAAGUGAUCGUGAGAUAACAUUGGCUGAUGGCGAUCACAUGACCUUUAUGAAUCAUAUCCUGGAAAGGGAACGGGACGGCCAUGUGGCUCCGUUCUCGCUUCCCGUAAUUAAAGAAGAGUGUCUGAAACAAACUGAGAGGCAGGACAUGGUGUUGUCCUUCCACACAGUAGGGAGCAGUAAAGAGGUGACGGGAUCUACCAGCACACUGCAGAGUUUCAGUAACACAGAUCUGGUGGAUGAGGAGCCAGUGCUGAUGGAAAGAGAGAAUUUGUGUCCUCAGUGGAAAUGCUAUGCUAAAUAUAUCAACGCUCAGCAAGUCCUGCUCAUCUUCCUCCCGGCCACCUAUACCGAUGUGCAGAUACUGAUGUCCUUCGGUCUGGCACUUGAACCUCAAGUCAAUGGUGCUUGUGAUGAGGAUGAGGACGAGACACUCAGUCUGGAAAACAACCAGUCUCAGGGUGGAUCCCUCAGCAGUUCAAUCAAUGUAACUCUAGCAGAGAUGGAGUCUGUAGUGGAAGCAGGUGAUGGACAGUUUCUUUUGCCAGCUGAAGCCCUAACAGGAGAGCGAGAGGAUAAGGAGAACCACCGCUCCGAGCAAAUUCUCACAGAUGAGAAAGACAGUGUGCAGUUUUCAGAGCCACAUGACUACCAUCACCAGCUGUCCCACCAGAGUGGUGGAGAUGCUGCUCGUCCUUGCUGUCCUGUCUAUAUCUACAACUGCUGCAUGGACUUACUCAAAGACCAACUGCUCCAACACCACUCCAAUCGUCAGCCCAAAGACAUCUUUCUCAGAUCUCAAGACGCACUGUCCGGGGAGCUCAAUCAGCAGCUGAAGUCCAGGUCUCUUUCUCAGGAGCGCUGCAGCGCCUCGUCUUGGUCAGAGCUCAUCACUCAUCCCCACAAACAGAAAGAGCUGGCCAACUACUGUAGUCUGUUGCAAGAACAUUACUACCAGAGCUAUGUCCGGGGUGUGUUCCGCAGUCUGCAGCUGACAUACAGCAUCUCCUCUCAGGAUGUCCUGACAGCGAUGGACUACUGUGAAGAAUCUCUGCAGGAGAUCGACAUCACAUCCUUCUUGCAGACACUGUGUGGUCACGUCCGCACUUUCCGCGAGCAACACGAACCCCACAGAGCUGAGGGCAUGAGGAAAGGUCUGAAAACUGGGGCUACGUUCAUCAUUGGAGAUGUUGAAAGAACAUACAGACCAACAAUAGUUUCCUCAUCCAGUGUUGAGCUGGAGGAUAUAAGUGAAGUUGAGUCUAAAGAAGAAGUGUCCACCCUCAAAUCUCCUAAUGCCCUGGAUGAAUCCCGCUCCCUCAGAAUCCCAGAAUUCCCCCUGUCUCUGCUGCAUUCACAGCAGAAGUGUGAGGUGUACCCUGACCUGCACAAAAUCAUACAGGACAAAUUCAUGGAGAUAGGUGCUCAGUAUUUUAAAUCGGUUCCCUCCAAUCCACAUUACUUCUUUUACUGCCCCCAGUCCUCAAAGAAAGAUGAGGAUUCGGAUGAAGAGAGAGAUAGAAGGCCCAGUGAGGACUGUGAUGUUUCUGAGGCUGAGCUAGCUACAGAGGAUGAGAAUGUGUCUGGCUGCUGCAUGGUGUCAGAAAGUGACACAGAUCUAGAGGUGGAGUAUCAGGACCAAGGUAAUGGGAAAGCUGAGGAUGAAGACAUGGAGGAUGGAGCUGAAGAUGACUCAGGGAGCGAUUCAGACACAGUAAACCAGGAUGAUGACUCUUUCAGCAUUCUAGAUGGAGACUCAGUGCUGGAAGCACCUGAGCCUGAGAUGCCUCCUUUAUUCAUCCACCUUGUCUGCUCACUUAGCACAAAAAGCUGCCAUGGCUCUAUGCCAAUUAGGACACUGCCCACCUGCCUGGGUGAGCUGAUCACUUGUUUGGAUAAUGCAGCGUCUUUACACUUGAUUGAUCUGAACGAGCUCUCUGUCACUCUGGAUAUCUUUGUGUUGACGUUACCAUUAGAAAUAGAGAUGGCCACUGGCAUCAAUCAUAUAAGGUACACUUCUGAAAGCAGUGUGUCUAUGAACCGCUCUCCUGGCCAGCCCUCUUCCUACCGCUCUGAUGAGGAGCUCAUGGAGAAUCUGGAAAGCCUGCGUGGGGUUGAAAUGAAUGGUAUUACAGGCGAUCCUCUGUCCAAACUCCCAGUGCCUCACAAACAGGCUGUCCUUGCUACCAUGGACGAAAUCCGCUGGCUGCUGGAGGACGAGAUUGUCUCAGCACUCCGUCACUCAUCUGUCGUGGACUGCUCCACUCUUCAAAAGGUGGCUGAUCAUGUCUUUCGCUCCAGCGGAAGGCCUGGCUGUCAUCACGAGCUUGUUCCCCUGCAGUUUGUCUUCGGCCCAGAACAAUCACUGGAGAAGUUUAAAGAGGAGUUCCGGCGAUUUUCUUUUCCUGGUUACCUUCUUAACGCAGAGAAGCAGAAUUUCUACUACAUCUCUCGGAGUCGCCAGCACUCACACAGACUACAGACGGCUCAGGAGUUAAAUCAGAAAUCCUUUUCUCAGGAUGAGAUAUUUACCUCUCCACCAGCCAGUCACCUUCCAGAGGCUGAUAGCAGCUUAAAAACAACAGCCCUGUUUCCAAAGGGGUUAGACAUUGAGGUGAAGCCUCAAAAAACUGACAUAAAAUCAGAGCAGGUUGAAGAAGGUGAGGAAUCUCAGAUACAACACGAAACAGAGGAGCAGAAAGAGCACGAAGAGAUCACUGAGGAGGAGGAGGAGGAGGAAGUAAAGUUGGGAGCUGGUACAGAUGACUGUCAUUCACAGAGCACUGGUCAGCAGAUGGGCAGUAACGCUGACCACAACCUCUCUCCAAAAACUCAUUCAGGGAUCAGUCUGGAGUCAGUGCAGUCCAUUACACACAGCAGUGGAAAGAUCAGGCCGAGCCGAGUUCAGAGUGUCGUCUCCAGCCAGGGAAGUCUGGACUCAGACAUGCAAGGUUACGAUGGGGGCAGCAGUGACUCAGAAUGUGAUGGACCCACCAUGGACGAGCAAGAGAUCCAGAGUCCUCUCAUGCCAGAUUUCUGGCUCAUUAUCCAAAUUCAAAAGGACAGACUGGAGGUUUUCUCGCACUCUAGGAGUUUUAAUUCUGGAAAAGAAAGGCAGUCUGAAGAGGAAGAGGAGGAAGUCCCAGAGUAUUUGCGUCUUCAUCAGCUUAUAGUGGAAGAAAUUGGAAAAAUCUGCCGCAAAGUCAAUCAGCGCCUCCUGUUGCAAGACCUGCAUGACAGUCAUGUGUGCAAUUCACUCCUAGUGGCUGAAAGUGAGGAGGACAUCUGGAAAAAUGAGCCUCUGUAUAGGCAGAGAAUGACCACCUCAGAUGACUAUAAUGCGGACGAAAGCUACCAGCCGAGAGAUUACUUGGCUGCGACUAUGCACUUCAUGCCAGGACACUUUGCGUGUGACGUAGUUUGGAACACCAUCAUCCAAAUCCACCCGCGACUGAAGAUGGGGCCCAACAUGGGAGUGGCAAGAGCAAUCCAGGCUCUGCGGUCAGUUUUGAGUGCCUUCUGUGUGGUCAACCGCAAGAACAUGUUUGUGUAUCAGGAACGCACCACCAAAUCAGUUUUCUACCUCAGACUAUCAGAAACCUCUCAAACAGGGGCCUACAGUGAUCUGGAUAUGAAUCUCCACUUUUCUCGCUCCCUGGGUUUGGCUCGCAGUCAGGAGCCUCUAGGAUCUGAAGAUCUUACGGGCUCACGGUCAUCUCUGGAGGGCUCAAGGCCAGUUGGACAGGUGGACAAACACAUUCUGCUGUUAGUGCAUGGAGUGGGAUGUGCAGGUCCGGAGAUCACAGAUGAGUUGGUGAAAGUUCUAAGAAAGAGACUAGACGAAGCCACACUCGACAUCAUCACUGUAAUGCUGGUUAGAAACUGCAAACUGACCCCUGCAGAUGUAGAGUUUAUUCAGCCUCCUGGCUCUGCUCCUACUGAGGUGAUGGAGUUCAGUCUGCCACAGUACAGCGUCCCAUGGAUCAGAGCUUUGGCCCAUUAUCUCCGCCAGAAUCUGCUCAUUUUCCUGCAUAUUCCCAAAUACACAGACAGCAACAUGGAGCACCACUUCAAGCACCACUUCCAUUUGAGCAGUGAUCUACCUGAUUCCGAUAUCUUUCUCUACAACAAGCCUGGAGGCCAAGGAACAGGUGGCAAAGGUACCAUGUCGGAGCUCGUUCAGAACCUCUUCCCACCCUCACAGUUCCAAGGUAUUGCAUGCAUUGCACUAUCAUUCGUGGAUGCUCAGGAUCGGCCGCUGAAUAUCUGUGCUCAAGAUUGUGGCACACCGAAAGGAGACGCCACCUCCAUCUGUUUCCAGCCUGAGCACUUCGACAGCCUCACGUCUGUGGUGAAAAUGGAUUCAGAUAAACACAGCACAGAAGGCAUAGUAUGGGUGCGGUUCGAUAUCUGGGAGCAGGGGAACGUGAGCCCUCUGCAGCUGACAGAAAAACUCCGCUCAGCGCUGCGCCACGCACUGUGUGAUCUCAUCAUGGAGAUGAAGGUCCUGCCAAACCCGCUGUGUCUGGAGACAUUCUGCGUUCAUGAAGCAGUACAGAAAGACAAUAAUACCAGCAUCAGUCUUCAGCCUGAGAGUAAAGACGCAAAGGAAAGCCCUCGACGAGCCUCCACAAUUAAGAGUGGCCCUGUUCCAAUUGUGCUUAGCUCCACUCCAAGCUCUAUGCCAGCAACUGGAUCUAACACUCCUGAGUCGACUACACCCACUGGAAAAAACAUGCGCCGGAGCUUCUGGGAAAUUUUGAGUAAACCAGACUCGUCAGAACUGGGCAGCCCAAAGACCACAGACGACAUCGUGCAAGAGAAGGCGGAGGACAGCCGUGUGUCACGGCGGAGACACAAAACAGAAAGUGUCAAGCAGCAGUGGAGUCAUGAGAGAGCCGUCGCAGUGGAGAGAGAGCAGGCUCAAAGGCGUCAUGUGUCUAAGUUAGAGGAGGGAGACAUUGGCACUCUUCAUCCUCUCUAUCAAUCCUCCUUCCAGCCAUGGGUCAUCUAUAUGGCCAAACUAGGCUGUCCCUCUAUCCAGCACUGCACGACUGAGAUCGCAUCUCUUUUUCUCCUUCCUUCUGUCAUAAUGGAAGUGGUGAAUCUGGUGUCAUCUCUGGCUCCAGACACUGCUGUGAAGGUUUUUGAAAGGACCAGCUGUCCUCAGGGAGACCUCUUUGUCCCACUGUCACACGUCCAACCUGUCAGUCAUCCUCCAUCCACCACCAGGAACUUCAUCAUUAUUGGUCGCAAUUUCCACCAGUGGCACUACAGCAUGGAACAAGAAGAGAGUUCAGAUGAGGAAAACCCUGCAGUGCUUAGUAAGUUCACACCUCAUAAAGGGCUGCAGAGGUUUGAGGCUUUAGAACACAGUGAUUGGCUGAGCCCUGGCCAGACUUGGAAAGGUGUUGCUCCACGCCAGAGGUUCCUGCACAUGAUCAUCGUGGAUAAAAAGCUGAGUGUGUACAUGUAUAACUGGUCCGUGGAUGUCGGUGCGUCUUUGAGCCGUGACUUGGUGAGACUGGUGCAGUGGCAGAACGCUCGAGCUCACACCAUCAGCUGCCUUCUUAGUCAGAAAAUGGGUCUCUUUCACCAUUACUGCUUUGCUGACACACCUACACAUGAGGACCUGAAACAGCAGGAGCCGAACCCGUUCCUCAGCGCCACGAUGGAGGCAGAUGCCCUGCUGCGCAGUCCUGUCCCGCCAGCGACCAAUAAGGACGCAGGUCGUUUGGGUAAUUCAGGACGUGGCUUGCCUCACCUCCCUUUUCCUGCUGAGCUUGUGCCCUUUGACGAAGCUCUCAGAGAUGCGAGUGCCGGCCGUUUGCCGAAUCAGGACGGAGCCGACAUCGUGGCUCGCCAUGGGGCACAGUUGCUUGAGGUUAAAGCAGUAGAGCGCAGAGAGCUGGAAAAGCAGAUGAAGAUUGAGAAUCUGUUUGUGACAUGGCAGCAGAGAUCAGCUCAGUCCAACAUGCCCAUUUCUGUUACAGAUCUGGAUACUCUGAAGCAGUCGUCUCGGUUGGUUCAUUACUGCGCUACUCCUCUGCUCUUUGACCCGCUCUUCAGAAAACAGAUUCAGGAUGAGCUCAGAGUACAGCCACAACUGAAGAAGCGGCAUCGCUCCAAUGACUCAGCAGCUUCAGGUCGAGACCGCAGUCACAGCACAGACUCGGCUGAGCUGCUUCCUGUUCGUUGUAAAGAGGAACAGGAGAUCUGCAGCGCAUUCAUGCAGCAGUACGUGCAGUACCUGCAGAGCCUGGGCUUCAUUUUGGUGCAGGUCCGACCCCCGUCACCUGCGCGCAGUAUUGCUCGUUCACGGGCAGCCAUGCUGAGCUCUCUCUCCACAGAGGGCAGGUCCUCGUUUUCAUCUUUUUCCUACAACAAACAGAAGAGUGAAGAAAGCCCGAAGCAGAGCAGUGGAUCAAGCAUUACAGCAUACCACCUGCAGAGAGCACUACCUGGUGGCAUCAUGUUGAUGGAACUGGCCUUUCAAGGAUUUUACUUCUGUGUAAAACAGUAUGCGUUGGAGUGCUCAAGGAUUCCAAUGGGCCAGACAGUUAACUCCCAGGAGCCAUCCCCUCGUAGCAAGCCGUUCCCAGAGGCCUCCUCAGACUCUGUGCUGUCAAUGCUGUUCACAGAGGAGUGUGAUAAAGUUCGGGACCUGAUGCAUGUUCACUCAUUUAGCUACGAUUUCCACCUGCGUGUGGUGCAUCAGUACCUGCUAGGCUGUCACAUGACCCUGAGGCAAGGCUAUCAGCUGACCAACUUUUUAGAGGGUUUCAUUUCCCAUCAUCCCGACAUCCCUAAGUUUGGCCGAAACCACGUUUUUCAGGGGAAUUUCUCCAUGUCCACAGGAAUGAUAACAGCUCACCAGCUGUAUAAUUACAUCACCGAUCACGCAGGGACUUACGGCAUGAAGCCCCUUCGCAUGUCCAAGGCUGCAGUGAACACUGAGAACAAGAAGGGUGGGCCGAGUGCAGACUUGCAUGAGUAUGCACUAGUGGCUCUGUGGAACAGCUCUGGUACAUAUAAGGACCUGGAGGGGCUGCGUCACCACGAUGACUUUGAUGUUUCUCUGCUCGUGUGUCACGACGCGCCUCCGUUUGAGGAGCAGUCUGAGGGGGAGAGACACCUGCUGAGGCUACGCUACUAUGUGAUCAUGACCAGUCAGAGAGAACUGUUCCCUCGGCUCACAGCUGACAUGCGGCGCUUCAAGAAACUCCCUCAGAUCUAUCGUGAUCCCAGUGAUCCCAGCGGACGUGGCCAUAUCGAAAGAACAGAGCCGGGCACCAUUGAAGGGCGGGAAUCCGAACAUGACCUCUGGGAGGAGACAACCUCAGUCUUAAACCCUGAGCCAGAGCUUGACUUUGACCCGGAUCCUAGGGACCACCCUUCAGGAGGUGAGAGCGAAGAGGAUUGUGCAGACUUCCCCGAAUCGUUUUCGCCUCUGUUCCCACUACUGAACAGCGAGGUGAUGUCGGCGCGGAAGCAGAUCCAGAGCAGCGUGACGGAGGCCAUGGCUCACUGCCGGAGGGAUAACUUGUGGCGGAGGCUCUUUCAUGGGGAACACGCCACCCUCGACAAGCUGAAACUCAGCAAGCUGGCUUUCGCUGAACUUGAGGAGCUGCUGAAUGCAGUUCAGAGCCGAUCUAUCGCAGAGAUCGACCCUCAGCUGGAAUGCUUUCUGACGAUGAAUCCUGCCUGGUACCAGAGUCUGAUCAAGGUGCUGCUCUCACGUUUCCCACAGAGCUGCAGGCACUUUGUGGAUGACUGCGGCAUUCACUACCUGGCCGUCCUUAACCAGAAGUUCACCGAUUGCUUCGUGCUCGUUUUCCUGGAUUCCCAAGCAGGAAAAACGAGCUUGAAGGUGGUUUUUAGGGAGCCGUUGCCGUCCCAGGCGCAGCCGAGCAGCAGUCCUCCUCCACAGCUUGUCUCCAUGUACCACCAUCUUGAGUCUGUGAUCAACACAGCCUGCUACAACCUGUGGACUGGCCUGCUGUAGGACACUGACGGAGGUGGGAACACUUUAGCAAAGGAAAAGGCACUGUGAACCUUUAUCGUGGAUGUAUGCGCAAAUCUGCUGUGUGUGUGUGUGUGCGCGUGUGUAUAUAUAUAUGAUGAGCAUUUAGCUGUGCAUCGGAGAUAAAAGCACCUGCCGGGACAUGCAUAUCCAUUUUAAUAUUAGCAGAAGGUUUUCAGAAAACUACUGAAAAACCACCAGAUGAAUUGAUGUGUAUGGGUCUGUAGAAGCGAUCUAACCACUGGAUACAUCAAUCCAAUGUGUUUAAGAAGGAUGCGCUUUGAUAGGGUGCUGAGUGCUGCUGAAACGGAGAGGAGAACUACCUCACAGUGAACGACUCAGACUCAGUAACUUCUAAAUAGUGUUUAUUGCAUAUUUAUAGCCUUCAGGACCUUUUUGUCAAAUGCCAUUGGUGAGUAGAACAGUAAAGGGGCAUCAUGAUGAUUUGCCAAAGUCAUAAUCGUCUUAUUCAUCUGAGAUUUCUUCAUUGGUUAUAACACCCCCCCCAAACACCCCCCCAAACCCCAACUCGACUAAGCACCUUUGACUUAACAUUGGCAUUUAUUGGGCAUUAUUGUGUAUACGACACAUGUGCUCUCAAAGUAAAUAUGAAAGCGUAUUACAUGUGACCACGUAAUGACUCCUGCAUGUCAGUGUGUACGCGAUAACCACAGCUACUGUUAGCAGUGCUAAGUAAUCACAAUUUCUUCCAUCAAAAUGCACAAAAUUCCCUUACUGCCAUUACUGUCAACCCAGAAGUGCCUAGUUUUUCUUUCCUGAGGAAACUGCUACAUCGUCUCAGCGUCGUGAGAAGGAUCUUUGAAAAUCAAAUUUCGGUUGUGGCUUAAUUCUGUUAUUGUUGUGUGAUGAAGAGUCUGUGUCUGAGUUUACAGAUAAAGCAGCAGGGAGAUGUCUACUAACGCACACACAUUGCAUGUACCCUAGGGCUCAGUGAGAGCCGUGUGGUUUGUGUGCGUGCUAGCCAAAUAUUAGGGAUCUUUUACGAGUGCUUCUGAUUAACAUUGACUGUCCUCUGGUGGAUAAGACAAUGUUCACACCUUCUUUUGAUUUGCUCUUUUUUUAGAUGGACACUGGACACUGACUCAUUGGGUGCAUUUAGGCAAUAUUAUAAUCAGAGUGUUAUUAAUUGUACAUAAUGUACAUACUGAUUAAUUUGUAAGUAUGCAAUGUAACAAUAAAAGAGAAGUUGAUACCCAAA